AUGGUGGUGGGCGAGAAUAAACGCACGGCCAACAUCAUGGACGGUAUAGAAAACACGGGGGACGUCCGCCUCCACGACCACAGACUUCGUCUCAAACAGAGAUUUGAUAUAGUAAGAAAACUAGGCCAAGGGACAUAUGGUAAAGUACAGCUCGGCAUUAAUAAGAAAACUGGUCAGGAGGUUGCCAUUAAAACUAUUAAGAAAUGUAAAAUUGAAACCGAAGCAGAUCUCAUUCGUAUUCGACGAGAAGUACAAAUUAUGUCUUCCGUCAGGCAUCCGAACAUUGUACAUAUCUAUGAAGUAUUUGAAAAUAGCGAAAAAAUGAUUCUCGUUAUGGAGUACUGUUCGGGUGGCGAGCUGUACGACUACCUCAGCCAGAAGAAAGUAUUAGAAGAAGACGAAGCUAGAAGGUUAUUCCGGCAGAUUGCUACCGCUGUUUAUUAUUGCCAUAUACACAAAAUCUGCCAUAGAGAUUUAAAAUUAGAAAAUGUUUUACUUGACGAUACUGGCAGUGCUAAGAUAGCCGAUUUUGGUCUUUCAAAUGUAUUCAAAGAAACAUCGUUAUUAUCUACGUUUUGUGGAUCACCUCUGUAUGCAUCACCAGAGAUUGUUAAAGGAACUCCAUAUAUAGGCCCUGAGGUGGACUGUUGGUCGUUAGGAGUUUUGCUCUACACUCUAGUCUAUGGAGCCAUGCCUUUUGAUGGUUCAAACUUUAAGCGUUUAGUUCGACAAAUUAGCAACGGCGACUACUAUGAACCAAAAAAUCCAUCGACGGCAUCGCCUUUGAUUCGAGACAUGUUAACGGUGGAUCCAAUGAAGAGGGCUGACAUCGCAUAUAUAUGCGAUCAUCCAUGGGUGAACACGGGGUGCGACACGUCGUGCCUGGAGGAGGCGGAAGCGCUGGCGGCGCAGACGCCGGUGCGCCUCGACCUGCUGCUGUCGCUGGCGCCCGCCGCGCCCUCCAGCUCCAACAGCGUCGUCGUGCCGCCGGAGACGAAUUUGGGCCCAGAGGAGAGCUGCACAGAUCUCACCAGUUCGACGUCGAUGGCCGUCGAGCCCAGCAACUCGGCAGAGAAGAGAAUUUUAGAUCUCGUGGCUGAGGGCGGUGAAGACGCCAUUAAGCCGUCGCCAACCCGCACUAUCGUGGCGGCGGGCGACAACAAGCGCAAGCUGGACGCCGCCAUGAGCGCCUCCUGUCUGCGCAAGAAGGAACGCGUUGCUAGUUGUGCCAGCAUGGCGCCGCACUCGCCCGCGCUGCCGGAGGAGGAGGCCAAGCUGGACACGCCGCCGCCGGACGAAUCUGAAGAUACAUUGCAGGUCACACAACCAUCUCUCAAGUCAUCAGCUACAAUGACGAUAUCGCCGUCCCCUGUACCGCCUGAACCAAUAAAGGAGACACCCGCAGAAACAAUACCUGAUGUGCCUAAAGAGGAAGAGAAAGAGAAACCAAAGCCCAAAGUUGUUAUUAAGAAAAAAGUGACAUCUCCAAAGCCAGAGGAAAAACCAGAAAAAUUAGAAGUGUCAAAGUCGGAGGAGAGCAAGCCGAGUGCAGUAUUGUCGGCCGCGGACAAGCUGACGUCGCUGUCGCUGGCUCAGCCGCCCGCCCCCGCGCCCGCCCCCGCGCCCGCGCCCGCUAAGCCCAAGAAGCUCUCCAUACCAGGAGGUCACGUUGGUAGUUUCAAGGAACAGUUCGAAAGACGCGCUUCUCUGACCACGGCUCCUGAUGUCAAACGGAACAUUACUAAACCAGUAGUAUCAAAAAUUGCCAAACCAAAGGCUCAGAGCGAGGACCGCGAGCUGACGGUCAAGUCUCCGGACAAUGGCACCGUGCGCCUCCAGCAGAUCGGUAUCGAGCCCUCACCGUCCCCACAAACGUCUCAAGAGGAAAUGAACCGCGGCGGCGUGAAGAAGACGGAGAGCGAACCCGCGCACUCCACCGCCACAGUGGACCCCGCCGUGCUACUGCAGGACGCUAGGAGGAGCCUGCAGAACUCCAUGGCGAAGCUGGCGGAGGAGCGCGCGGGCGAGGACAGCCGCCGCCGCGCCGCGCGCGACAUCAUCUCCUCUGCUAUACGUACGGGCAAGCCCCCGGUGCCGUACGGGCGGUCGUCGUCCGCGGGCGUGGCGAGCCUGGCGUCGCCGCCCGGCACGCCGCCCGCGCACGCCGCGCCCUCGCCGCGCCUCUUCCGCACCGAGGCCUCGCACCGUGUCGAGGAUCACCGUAAUAGGGGCGUGUCGGUGGAGCGCAUCAUACCGAUCACAAUGUCGGGGGAGGAGGGGGCGCGCGCGCCGCCCGCCGCCGCGUCCGCCGCGCCCGCCACGCCCGCGUCUCCCCUGACGUCGCCCGUGUCGCCGCCCGUACGCUCCUUGCAUACGCCUAUCAGACGCUUAACCUCAGUCGAGUCGCCUAACGAGGCCCUCUCCCCGAGCACGCCGUCCUCCGGCGAGCCCAUAAAGAAGUCGCCGCGCGAGUUCAUCAUCCCCAUCGCGGUGGAGGGCAAGGGCUACGUGACGCCGCGCCAGCGCAGCCUCGAGCCCGAGCCGCUGCAGCGCGUGCGCGCGCGCCCGCGGCGCAUCGGCAGUCUAGUCAGCGGCGGGGAAUCGGAAGAAGAAGACGAUACGCACAUGCAUAGAUUGAGAUCUACAAGAGCUGCGCGCGCGGAAUCUGUGAGUUCUGGUGAAGAGGACGAAGAAGACGAGGGUUUCCAUUUGCUGACUGCUGAAAACCUGUUCUCCACUCUACUACACAGAGUGCGUGCUCUCACUCAACGUCUCAAUGGCGAGGAAGGCCCGGGCUUCCAACAUCCACACUCGCUGUUCAACAACCUACAGUCGCCGUUCUUCAACAGACGCGAAGGCUGGGGCUCGCGCGAGCUGCACGCGCCCUUCGACUCCAUGUUCAGCAAGCGCCAGGCGCCGCGAGGUAGUAGUAAGAGAACCGGCAAGCAGCGGGCGGAGGCUGAGGCGCUGGACCUGUCAGAUCUGGACUUGAGUGGGAUAGAGUUCUCGGAGCGCGAGAUGCGCGCGCUGUCGGGGCUCACGCCGGCGCUGUCGCGGCGCGUGCAGCGCCAGCUGCUGGCGCACCUGCCGCCGCGCGCCGCCGCGCGCCUGCGCCGCACGCUCUCGCUGCACGACCCCGCCGCGCCCGCGCCCGCUCCGCCCACCUACACCAGAAGCCACUCUGCCUCCAAAACAUUAGAAACUCAACCAGAUGAUAUCGAAUCUCCACAAACUCCAGAUGUUACCGAUGUUCCUCAACAAACCCCGGAGACUUCCACCAAUAGUAAUGAAGAAACAAAAGCUAUAGAUGAAAUUAUCGAUCUCCCCGCGCCACAGUUUUGCACUCUGCCUCGUUUGAGACGACGCUCGCCUGCGUCGCAAGAAUCUGACGCGACGAGUUCGACCGUCAAUAAAUUAGAAUCGGACGAGUGUAAGACCGAUAGUGUCUACCGUACUCAAGAUCGACCAUUGUUAAGUAAAUAUUUAGCGCCCGAGAGGAAUCUUUCUAUGGAUGAAACGUAUUCGCUAGAAGGAAGUAGUAUUCUAUCUGAUCCCAGUUACAUAGCAGCCUAUGGCUCUCCUUCAGCUCUGAGUUCUCCGGGCUUGACAUUUAGACGUCAUUCUCUUAGAUUAACGGGAGACCAACCCAAGAAACGAAUUUCUAGGUUCCUACGUUCAGAUUUCUUCGAUACGCCUUCCGACGAAAAUUUAUAUGCUAAACACAAAAAGGAAAAAGAACUGGAGACACAGAAAAUUCUUAAAGAAAUUAGAGAAAAGAAAAAUAAAUCGCUUGAAUCGAACGCCAAGAGCCCGACUGAUAUUAAUGACGUUCAAUUAGAUCCUAAGGACGAGGGUUCUGCUAAAAAAUGCUUAUCGCCAAUUAAUAAUGUAAUAUUAAAAGAUCGGAGCAGAUCUAAUACACCAUUUUUUCCUAUUUUAGAUAAUAUUAAAGAAAGUACCAUAGAUUCCACUGCGACGACAACAGAAUUAAAACAAUGUAAUAAGAAACAGAAUAUUUUAAAUAAAGAAUCAAAAAUGACGAGGCCUAAAAGUUAUCCUAUCAAAAAUAUUGAUCAAUAUGAUGACACUAAUAAUACUAUUUCGUUAGAAAGUUGUAGAAGUGAUGAAAAUGAAAUUGACGAGAAAAAAGCUAGUAGGGAGUCUAAACUUAUAAGACCAAAAAGUUAUCCUAAUAGUAGUCCUUCACCUGAGAAAUUGUAUGUGAAUCGAAACAAUAAAAAAGAUGAAAUUAAAACAAAUAAUUUAGAGAAAAGUAGUAUCCCAGAGACUAAAACCGAUAUAGAAGUAAGCUUUAGCAUCACUUUACCUAAAAAAACCAAACCAUUAGUGACCAAAUCAGAAUCACAGAAAAAGAUAGAAUCAACAGAAAUAAACACAGACAGUAAAAUCGAAAAUAAAAAAGGACCGGAAUCUACUUUAACCUUAAAGAAAUAUAAGAUAAUGAAUUCAAAUACUCAUGAUAAACUUGAGAACAAGAUAGAUAAUGUGGAAGAACAUAUGAUGAAUAAUGGUUUCGUACCAAAAAGUGUAGAUAAUUCGAAAAAUAAAGAAACUAAAAUUGUAAGUAAAAAAGAAGACACUAAACCAGCAUCAGUAGAUAGUCAAAGUAAUGAUAAAAAAACUAUAGUUAAAAAGAAAGUUAUCAAAAAAGUGUCUUCUAAAUCAAAGACUGAUUUGAGUUCUUCGGACGUAAAUGAUUCCAAAACUUCAGUAGAAAAGAAAAAAGUUACAAAGAAAGUAAAAGAAAAGAAUGUUGACGAUACCACAAAAAGUACUACAAGUGUCCCAAAAAAGAAAUCAGUUUUGCAAUCAAUUGGGCAUAAGUUGGAAAAAUUUACGUCGUCCAAAUCAAACUCGCCAGAAAAAUUGGCUAAUACCAUCGAUUGUAGCAAGCAAACUAGACAACAACGAGAACAGUCCGUCCCCACAAAUGUCGAACCGCCUACAGAAUCAAAUUUAAUCAAGAGAGCUGUGACUAUAACUGAUGUGGCCGCUCUGGACAAUCCAAAUACUAAUCAAAAUAGGACCACUGUGUCCAAAGUGUUAGGUUUGUUUAAGAAGUUUGAGCCAAAAGAAAAAAUUAGUAAACCUAUCAUAGAGAAAGCAGAUUCAGAACAUAUUCGCAUUGAUAGUGAACUUUUAUCUAGAGAUGAUACGUCGAGGUCCGUAGUAGAUUCCGAAGAAAAACCCAAACGACCGAACUCUUUAUUAUUAAAUGGUCUUGGCCGUAAAAAUAGAUAUACCCGAUCUUCAAGUGACGAUACUAGUAUGUCAAAUGUCGAUAAUAGUGAACACACAGUACUUAGAAAGGAAAGUGAUUCUAAAAACACGAAAAGUUCCCUUAAAUUAGAUUUCUCCAGAUUGCCAAGAGUUAAAAAAAUAGUUCCUACAAAUUCUGUGAUAGAACCACAAAUAAUGAGUACUUCUGACAUGGAAAAGGACUUGGAUAAGAAUGGUUCAGUCCCAGACGGCGAUGUAAAAGAAGAGUACCGCGACCAGAACCGAAGUCGAUCACGAAGCAGAUCGACGUACUCUAAUUCAGAUGUGAAAUCUGAACAAAGUGGUGAUGGCAAGGACAAGCACAGCUUACACAACAGCACUAAUCACUUGUCUGUGAAGAAUCACGACUCCACAACUCCGGAAAAAGAGGAUAUAGUAGAUAGAAUUCGAAGAAAGAGUUUUUAUUCGCGAUUUAACGAAAAGAAACAAAGAAGGAAAAGUAGUUUGGUGGGUCCGGGAGCUACUGAGUACGACCCGUUAGCGCGGAUUACCUCUCCCAUAUCGACUGAGCCUAAAUACGACGUAUCUCCCACCUCACCGGGAACAUACGAUCUGUCUCCAGGUCUAUCCGUCGGCUCGGACUUAUCGCCGUCUACGGAACGCUAUCGAUCUCUUCUCGCAGAUUUGCCCGUGAAUACUAGAAGUAGUUUAAGAUACGAUGGAAUUAAUGACAAAGUUGAUAUGUACAGAUCACUCGACCGUAAUGAAUUUAGAAAGUAUCCUGGAACUAGAUCGUAUUUAGACUACGAUCAACCGGCAUCGUACGGUUCAAGUAGAUAUUCGAGAACGAAAUCCUUGUUCGACAAUUUGGACCCUGUGGAAGAUCAAACUUAUGGUCUUCCGAGAGAAUCUCACAAAUACAAUAGAACUAGUUCUUUAUUUUCCCCCGGAAGCUACGCUACAUACAGACCUAAAAGAACCAGGAAUUCAGCAAUUAUUCUCAAAGAGAGCGAAAAAGAGCCAAGUCCAGAAAAUAUAUUGGAAAAAAUAAGACACAGAAAAUAUUCCAUCAGCGUUACUAGAAAACCUGAUCCAAAAAAGGAGCCAUUACCUAGAUCCAAUGUCCCACCUAAAGGCGAAGGCGACGGUUCAGAACGCUCUUCGAAAACUGAC